AUGUCUAUGAACUUUUUUAUCCACGCAUAUUUCUAAAAAUACAAAUAAUGUUACUGAAAGAACGUUGAAGCACUUUGUACGUGGAGAUACAAUUCAGAUACAAUGCCUUUGGCAUCUCGUCUCUCCUUCUCAUUGUCUCCAACCCCCAACGCCGGAAGUUUUAUCACCGCUUCCAACACCUGACGUUGCAGGAAGUGAAGAUGACUGCCGGCCUUAUAUCGGCGACCCACAGCGAACGGCGACCUAAUGUGGAUGUCAAGUGGAGAUUUUAAAAAAAUUCUCUAUUGCAACCUUAAUGAACUCAACAAUCAAGUCUACAGUGGAUUCCAGUUGGUAGCUUGGCUCUCGUCUUCUUUUGGAAGGUAGUAAUAUGAGUCGCCUUGGCUUUUCACUCUUUCACAUCUCUAUCAAAAGGACUGGAGCUACUGCAGCCAGGUGGACUGGUUCUGGUUUAAGAAACAUUUCUGGUGCAUUGUCUUUAAGGUGUUGUUUAUCUUGUCCUAGCUCUGCAGAAUUAAACCCUACUCCAUUUCAACUUCUUGGGCCUCCAGAAAUCCCUCAUUCAACAGUUACUGUGGUUCCAAGUAAAGGCCUUUUCUUUGAUGAAAACAAAUUUCGGCUGACACCUGUCGGUGUAGAAAAAAAUCCUUGCGUUCAAUUUUAUGCAAACUGCAUAUACAAGAAAUCAUUAGAUGAUCUGCUGCACUCUUUGGAGAUGUCUUGGUACCACUGUCAGCAUACUACUCUCAAACUUAUUUGCCUCUUGAGGAGCACUAAUUAUUUUAGAAACCAAAGAAGAGAGGAGUUCUUUAUGGCAGCUAUGUGGCUCCACCAAUACCACCCUAAAACGUUAGCAUGCAAUUUGAAAACAUUUGCCAAAGUUGGGUGCUUGAAAGACUUGCUGGAAAUCCUCUGUCGGAUUGUCAAUAGUGGCACCCCGAUACUUCAAGGUCAUGCUGUCAUCAGGGACAGGGUAGAACUUAAAAGGAUCAACCUAAUUUUGGGUAGGAGUAUUAAAGAACAUGCACAGAGAACUAACAAAACUAUGACAUGCAAAGGACGGAUAAAGCAAUUUAUGAGAAGGAAAAUACUUACAAGGAGAAAGCAAAAUAUGAAGGCUGUGAAGGAUUGGACAAAGACUAAGAAAGAAAAGGCAUCAUAUUUGAGAAUGGAGAACAGAAAAAUGAUGGUAAAAAAGGCCUUUGAGAAGAGAAUGAAGGCUGUGAAGGAUAAGAUGAAUGCUAAGAAAGAGAAGGCUACAAAGAGAAAGGAGAAAAGAAAUAUGAUGGCAAUAAAAGCCAUUGAGUGGUACAACUCUGAUCCAAAGUACCGCUUUUUGUAUGAUCGGAUUUCUGAUCUCUUUGCCGAGCUACUUAAGGCUGAUCUUGAGCACUUGAAUACUGGGCGGACAGAAAAAAUUAGUAUGGCCUCAAAAUGGUGCCCUUCUCUUUACUCUUCUUAUGAUUAUUCAACUUUAAUUUGUGGAAGUGUUGCCAGGAGGCUUUUCCCAUAUGAUUCUUGUCCUGAAUACAAAGGGAUCAAUGAAUCUCACUAUGUUUACAGGGUUCGGAAUCGAUUACAAAAAGAAGUUCUUGUCCCACUUCGGAAAGCCCUAGAGUUGCCAGAAAUUUACAUGAGUGCCAAUCAAUGGAACUUGCUUCAAUAUGAUCGAAUCUCAUCUGUUGCCUUGAAAACUUACAAGCGGGCAUUCUAUAAACAUGACCGUGAAAGGUUUUUGCAGUACCUUCAGAAUGUGCAGUGCUCUGAACUGCCAAAAACCACUGCCAACAAUUUACUUCCACAUGAGAUAUUAAAUCUUCUUCAAUAUGUUAAUGGUCUUGAAGUUGCUGAACGGCAAUGGAAAAGAAUGCUAGAUACUUUCUCUAAGAAUGGCAAAUUUGUCAACUGCAUUUCAACUUUUAAUAUGAAUGACUGCAUGCAUGGAUUCUGCUGUGGCUUUACAUUGAUGACUUCUGAACUCUGUGCAAACCCUUGGAAGGGAAAGCUCCUUAGGUAUGGUGAUAAUCCUGAGAUUGUGAGCAUCGAAGGGGAUGAUCUUGGAUCAAGGAUAAAUUUUUGUAGACUAAAUAAUGUUGUGAGCCCAAAAGGAGAUGAUAACGAUACUAAACAAUGGAGACUGCGGCUAAUAUCAUUCUUGGAUAAAAUUUUGGAAACUGCAAUCAACUUGAAUGUGAGCAAACAGGAUAUGAUUAAAAGGGUUUUUGUGUUUGAUGGUACACGCCUUGAUUUUAGAAAGAUAUGGCAAUAUGAAGGCUGUUGUAGCUCUUUUGUUUGUGGCAGGAGCAGUAACUAUGAAGCAAUGAGGGAGAAGUUUAAAAGGAAUGGCUAUGUUAUGCCAGAAACUGUGCAUUGGGAUGUGAGUAACUAUGGAUCACCAGUUCCGGCACUGCUCUCAGUUGAGGAUGGUCUAACACACAUAAGUCGACCCCUGGAGACAAGUUUCAGAGGUUUCUUGGAGGGAGAUGGAACCUUGAAUUUAAGGGCUAUGAUGGAAUCAGAGAUUUGCAGUGCAGGUGAUCCAGAACUUUUAGUGCUGGACUAAUUUUAUUUUAUUUUGUUAUUCUCCUUUUUAGCUAGACAAUCAUAUAUUUUAGUAGUGUUGGUAAUUUUCAUUAUCUAUCCUAAUUUACUUAGGUUCUAUGGAUUAUGUCUAAUGCAUUAUUAUCUUUUCUAUUUUAUGAUUUUAACUAGGUUUUUAAAAACUUGAACUUGAGUUCAAUAGAUUAGACCGAACUUGUGUGCUGCUUCAAAAUAUCAGGACAUUGCAUUGGUGGCAUGAAUAUUGUUUUGAAAUUGACUGUUAGUUUAAGACUGACAAGUUUUUGAGGAAGUCAGCAUA